UAAGUGCACAUGAAGAUUUUAAGGUAUUUACUAGAAUUAUAUAUUUUUUCUACUAUACACUCGGCUUCUGUCCAUAAAUAUCUGUGUCUCAAGGCGUGUAAAAUAUGAGCUCAUUCAUUUGUUCUAGACCUUGAGCUCAGCCUUGCUUUGCUUUGCUCCAGAGGUUUUGUUUGGUGCAGGGCUGUUCAGUAAAGAAAAACUUAGUGCCUUGGUAGAGAAGAUGGCUCAAAAUGGUGCCCCUCACUUCUAUCUGCAAGUCGAGUUGCAGGGGAAUAUGGCUGAAGUUUCCAUUGAGGCUGACCACCUUGAGAAUGGAAAACCCUCUAAUCUCAAGAACUUUGAUGAUGAUGGCCGUGUUAAACGCCAAGGCACUCUAUGGACUGCAAGUGCCCAUAUUAUAACAGCUGUCAUAGGGUCUGGAGUGCUGUCCUUGGCAUGGGCUAUUGCUCAGUUGGGCUGGAUUGCUGGGCCUGCAGUCAUGCUUGCUUUUUCCUUUGUAACGUAUUACACUUCUUGCUUGCUGGCCGACUGUUACAGAUCUCCCAAUCCAGUCACUGGGAAGAGAAAUUAUACCUAUAUGGAUGCUGUAAAAGUAAAUCUAGAUGGUUUGCAGGUCAAGAUUUGUGGUUUGGCCCAAUAUGGCAAUCUUGUUGGAACUGCAAUUGGGUAUACAAUUGCUGCAUCCAUAAGCAUGACGGCGAUUGCAAGGUCGGAUUGUUUUCAGAGCCAGGGACAUGAGGCUCCCUGCCACAUUUCUAACAACCCCUACAUGAUAAUGUUUGGGGUGGUACAAGUUCUGCUUUCUCAAAUUCCAGACUUUGACCGACUAUGGUGGCUCUCCAUUGUGGCUGCAGUCAUGUCUUUUACCUAUUCCUCCAUUGGACUCUGCCUUGGCAUCGGUAAAGUAGCAGAAUUGGGACAUUUCAGAGGCAGCAUGACGGGCGUCAGCAUCGGUUUAGUCACAGAAGCCGAAAAGAUCUGGAGGACCUUCCAAGCUCUUGGGAACAUUGCAUUCGCCUAUUCCUACUCGAUGAUCCUCAUCGAAAUCCAGGACACAAUAAAAUCACCUCCAGCUGAGAACAAAACAAUGAAAAAGGCAACAAUGUUGGGCGUGUCAACAACAACGGUGUUCUACAUGCUAUGUGGGUGUAUGGGCUACGCAGCUUUCGGAGAUGAGGCCCCAGGGAAUCUCCUCACAGGGUUUGGUUUCUACAAUCCCUUUUGGAUGAUUGAUAUUGCCAACGCUGCCAUUGUUAUCCAUUUGGUUGGCGCAUAUCAGGUGUACUGCCAGCCUCUGUUUGCAUUUGUUGAAAGCUGGGCAGCCAAGAAAUGGCACAAGAGUGAAUUUGUGACCAAGGAAUACAGGGUGCAGCCAAUUCCGUCGUUUGGGGCAUACAAUGUGAAUGUGUUCCGGGUGGUGUGGAGGACAUGUUUUGUGGUGAGCACGACAUUGGUAUCGAUGCUCCUGCCAUUCUUCAACAGCGUGGUGGGACUGAUGGGCGCAGUGGCUUUCUGGCCAUUGACAGUCUACUUCCCGGUGACGAUGUACAUAGCUCAGAACAAAAUCCCCCGCUGGUCUUCCAAGUGGUUUGCUCUGCAGAUCCUGAGCAUGGUGUGUCUGGUUGUUUCCAUAGCAGCUGCCAGUGGAUCCAUAGUCGGUGUGGUUGAAUCUUUAAGUGGGUACAAGCCUUUCAAGACUGCGUAUUAAACACUUUUAAGUUGGAUUUUGAUGUAAACAUGUAGUUUGUGAUGGGCAUGAAGCUGCUGGCUGAUUUCAGCAGCUCUCCCUCUGGUUUGCAUUGAAAUAAAUAAUAAGCACGACUCCCUCCCAUAGUCAUCAUCUCAUUAGUGGAGUUGGAUCUAUCAAAUUGUAAUACGCAACUACUUCCUAGUUAUUAGAUCUUUCGUGUAAAAGAAAGAUUCAUCCAUCACCUUCUCUCACGCUCCUCUUUCUUACAUUGCAGUCGCACAUGUUUUAAGAUCAAUCAAAUCAAAUCCUUCUUGGAUUUCAAACUCUAA